CUCCAGACCCGGCUUGCGCCAUCCACCGCGUGGCCCGUGCUGCCCGUGUUCGUUAUUACCUGUGGGUCACGGGCACGGUGUUCAACAGAGAUCCGAUAUUCAGAGUGUGAGUAAAGGUAAGGGUAUGAUUGGUCAAACGAAUUUCGAAUCCUGAAUCCUGGUCUGAGGCAUUGAGAUAAAUGUUGGCACUCCUACCGUGGAUCACGCACGAUUCUGGAUGGAAAGCAAAGAUUCUAAGCUCUUAAGCUCUUCACAAUGGCAGGCUUCUUACAACAAAUCGUAAGCGAGCUCAAAGAAUAUCACAUUUCGCACCUCAUCCUCAUUGCCAUCUUCCUCGGCAUCGCAUACCCGUGCCUUCAAGCUCUAUACAAUCUCUAUUUACACCCGCUUCGACAUAUCCCAGGCCCCCCACUAUGGAUUGCAUUCCCAAUUAUGAGAACGAUUGGUAUGGUUCGGGGAAUAGCCGAAUUCCAGGUCCGCGAAGCUCAUGAGAAGUAUGGCGAGAUUGUUCGAAUCUCCCCUAACGCAAUCUCCUUCAUCAACCCACAAGCCUGGAAAGACAUCUACGGACAUGGACAUGCGGAAUUUCCGAAGCACUAUCCCAAGGGGAUCAACAUGGACCCUAAAAAGAUCAUCUCGUCCAAUGCAUCAGACCAUUUCCGCUUCCGACGAGCAAUGUUGCCAGCCUUUUCCGACAAGGCCCUGGCGCAACAAGAGCCGCUCAUUAAAGUCUAUGUUGACCUAUUGGUCGAGCGGUUGCGAGAAGUGUCCGAGUCGGGCAAUUCAACUGACAUGGUCCAGUGGUAUAAUUUCACAACUUUCGAUUUAAUCGCAGACCUUGCGUAUGGUACUCCUCUGCAGGGCCUAGCUGAAGGCAAGUCAAAUGCGUGGCUCGAUAAUAUCUCCAAGUUGAUGAGGUACAUGCCUGUCCUGGUUUUGAUCGGCGUGGCGCCUGUCUUGGGUCUGAUUCUCAAGCUUGUUGCUGGAUCUAAAGUUCGCAACUCACAGGCUAACCACCUUGCGCUUGUUGCCAAGCUUGCCCAUGACCGUAUCUACCGUAGGAAACAGGCGGAUAGAGGUGACUUCAUGGAUUAUUUUAUGCGCUCACGUGGUCAGCCACACGAGCUGAGUGAUGCCGAACUGAUCGCGAACAGUGAUCUGUUAAUGGUUGCUGGAUCAGAGACAACUGCAACACUCUUAAGCGGGGCGACAUACUGGCUGCUAAAGACACCACAUGCGCUUAAGAAGGCCACGGAGGAAGUUCGUAACGCGUUCAAAUCGGAAGAAGAAAUUACAUUUCAUGAAGUCCGCACUAAACUACCCUACAUGGCUGUCUGCUUGGAAGAGGCCUUGCGCCUUUUCCCUCCAGUUCCGAUGUCUCUAUCCCGUUCGGUACCAAAAGGACCGCCCGUGCAGAUUGUGGGCUUGACAAUUCCCGAAAAGACUGUCGUUGGAGUUCACCAUAUGUCAGCUUACCACUCAGAGCUUAACUUCCAUAGAGCGCCGGAAUACAUCCCAGAGCGGUGGCUCCCCGAAUCCGCCACGAAUCCGGCGUCGCCAUUCCAUAACGACCGUCGUGAUGUUCACCGCCCCUUUUCUUUCGGGCCUCGGGACUGUAUAGGCCGCAACCUUGCAAUACACGAGAUGCAUUUGAUUAUGGCUAGGGUCCUAUGGAAUUUCGACCUAGCUUUAGAUGAUAAGUCUAGAGACUGGCAUAAUCAGAAGAUUUUCGGACUUUGGGAGAAGCCACCUCUCGAGGUUGUUAUUAGACAGCGGAAAAUCUAGAGUAUCAUGUAUCAAUGUGUUUAUAGACUAAAGGCAAUACGUAUCUACCUGCUGCUCGACUUCCGGGAUAACUCGCGAUAGCAAUCCCCAUUAUGUGUGCUCUUUGUGGGGGCGGAUCUUUCAUAGCGACACGGACAAUGGAUAUAAUAAUCACUGGUAUAAUUAAGUAUUGCCUGCAAACGGCAAGAUGAUGAAAAGGGAAAGAUUUGGUAAUUGAAGCUAUCUAGAAAGUGCCAAGCUAAUAUAGGUCUAGUCUGCCUAGGCUUACCGCCUUGGCAGGUGUAUAAGCCAUAUAUAAGGCAGUGCAAUACACCC